CCGGCGUCAUUUCCGCAUUCAUAUCAACAACUAUGGCGAAAACGUACGAUUAUUUGUUUAAACUGCUGUUAAUCGGGGAUUCUGGGGUCGGCAAGACGUGCGUCCUCUUCAGGUUCUCGGAGGACGCCUUCAACUCGACGUUCAUAUCCACCAUAGGCAUAGAUUUCAAGAUCAGGACAAUAGAGCUCGAGGGCAAGAAGAUCAAGUUGCAGAUAUGGGAUACAGCCGGCCAGGAGCGCUUCCGUACAAUCACAACAGCCUACUACAGAGGCGCAAUGGGAAUCAUGCUGGUGUACGACAUCACAAAUGAGAAGUCCUUUGAUAAUAUCAAGAACUGGAUAAGGAACAUAGAAGAGCACGCGUCAUCUGAUGUCGAGAAGAUGGUUCUUGGCAAUAAAUGUGACAUCAACGACAAGCGACAGGUAUCUAAAGAGCGAGGGGAAAAGCUUGCUUUAGAGUACGGCAUCAAGUUCAUGGAGACCAGCGCCAAGGCUAACAUCAAUGUGGAGACUGCCUUUUUGACACUUGCGAGGGACAUCAAAUCCAAAAUGGACACAAAAAUGGAGGGGAACAUGCCGCAGGGGAGCAGUCAAGGAGUCAAGAUCUUAGAGCCCCGCAAAAAGACCAGCUUCUUUCACUGUAGCCUCCUCUGAGGACCCUUUUUUUCCGAGGCCUUUUUAGAACUCGCUCCAUCCAAAUAGAUCUGCGCUCACUCGCCGUGAGCCCUUCCUCUCCUUUUCCUUUCUCGCUCCUCAUCCUUGUGGACUUCUUCCCUUCUAGUCUUCACAGUGAAGGACUCUCCCUCGAUUGUCCUCUUCUAAGCGCUUCCAGUGGUGCGUCUGUAGGGGAUUCUUUGUGGACCAGAACAACCAGGGGAUUGCCCACGUCGCACGAACGCAGGCUUGUACUGAUGUUUGCUUCCUUGUUUGUCUGUCAUGCAUCACACGAUCGCGAGCACAGCCAUCGGAGGGUUACUCCUUUGGAUUUUUGGGAGAGGAAUCAUACAAGCUUAUUUUUAGGAGAGCUUCGUUUUGCCAGAAACUGACAAGCUUAAACUGCCGAAAUGCACAUGUUUACUUUCAUUUUACAUUCAAAUAGUGUAUAAUGCAGGGGCUUUCUGUCUGGCCUGUGCUUGACAAUCAUUUCACUUAAUCUAACAUGAAUUGAUCUCAUAUUUAAAAAAACAAACAAAAAGCAGCCUCAUAGUUGCCGUUUACGUAAGCAUUUUUCAAGAUUUUUUUAAAUUUUUUAUUCGGUGUCAAGCUAAAUGACAUUUCUGGCAACUCGUCCCCCUUCAGCUCUCCUGGCACUUUACACAGUAGCUCUUGUUUUGUGCAUCGAUUCCAACUUGCAAUACAUUUCCAUGGCGUCACUUUGGGAACCGUUUGGGAGAAAAUUAGGUUUUACUGCCAGUGACGCCAGUAUUUGACUGACAACCUCGCCCUUUGCAUUCAUGCCUCAACAUUUGUAUUGUCUAUUUAUAAGAAGCUCUUUUUUAUAUGGUGUUAUUUGUACAGUAGAAUUUAUUUGGCUUUAUCCGCAACAACUGACUUAAAGGCGUUAGUACUGUUCACAAUCAGGCUUAGUAGUCAGUAUUUCAAGGAAGGUGCACAAGUUUCAACACAGCAGCUCUGCCAACCUUCCAUUAACGUCAAAGCGACCCUGUUUGUCCCUUAAAAAGUGCACCUAAUCACUCAGUAGUCCUUUUCUGCCAAUCUCCGCUUGUUUAGUUUUUUGUCGCCGUCUCAUUUUUUCUUUCCGGAACCAACAAGUCAUUUCAGACCUUGUGACCUCCGUGUCCAUUUGUCUUAAUAACUCAAUUGGUCCGGUAAGCUAUGCAUCAUGUACCUUGGACCUUUUGUAUGUGCUUUUAUGAAUGUCCUCCUUUUGAGCCAAAAACAGGACCGUCCUUCUGUAUAGGAAAAAAACAACUAUUUCAAUGCAAUCAAUCUAACAUUUUGGGUUAGUGAUGCACUUUCCUUCCCUUUCUUUGUAUCACUUGAACUCCUAUUGCUUUGCACAAAGCGAUUACCGUAUUUUUCGGAUUAUAAGUCGCACCGGCCGAAAAUGCAUAAUAAAGAAGGAAAAAAACAUAUAUAAGUCACACUGGAGUAUAAGUCGCAUUUAUUGGGGACAUUUAUUUGACAAAACCCAACACCAAGAGUAGACAUUUGAAAGGCAAUUUAAAAUAAAUAAAAAAUAGUGAACAACAGGCUGAAUAAGUGUACGUUAUAUGAGGCAUAAAUAACCAACUGAGAACGUGCCUGGUAUGUUAACGUAACAUAUUAUGGUAAGAGUCAUUCAAAUAACUAUAACAUAUAGAACAUGCUAUACGUUUACCAAACAAUCUGUCACUCCUAAUCGCUAAAUCCCAUGAAAUCUUAUACGUCUAGUCCAGGGGUCAGCAACCUUUACCAGUCAAAGAGCCAUUUUGACCAGUUUCACAAAUUAAAGAAUACAAUGGGAGCCACAAAAAUCCUUUGAAAUUUAAAAUUAAAUAACACCACAUACAAAGUUUUUUUUUUUGUUGCUUUGUGCUAUGUAUAAACCAAAGGUCUCAGACACGCGGCCCACACCUUACUAUGAAAUUUGAAUGUUAGUGCGGCCCGCGGGUUUUAUAUGAAUGGCGCUUGGCAGCGUCAUACUUGUCAACACUCCCGAUUUUUCCGGCAGACUACCAAUUUCAGGACAACUAUUCUCUCGGACGUGCCGUGAUGGUACAGCAUUUAGCGCCCACUGCAACCAGUGUGCCGGCCCAGCCACAAGUUGUAUGGGGCUUCUGCUUGCCAACGUAAGU